CCUGGAGUUAUUCGUGAUCCUCUGCUAUUAGACACGGAAGCCUGUUGAGCGAAAGCUUCUUCUAUUUCGUCCACAACCAUCUGAACCAUUUUGAACAUUGGAUAUUGAGAAAGCGGGUCAAUCAGUUGGGGCGGAACUGGAGCCUGCGCCUGUGGCUUAUGUCCCCUGUUUGUAUUUCUGAAUGUCUGAGUCAUGCUUCUGAUUAUUUCAUUACUAUCUAAGAAGGACUUUAAAUAGUUUUCCUAGUGGUUAUGUACCAUUCUAAAAUGUCAUGAAAAUAUAUGCCAGGGACUGCACUAUUAUUUCACUUUAUUCUGCUGCCCCUGGUGCCAUGGGGUUAGUCUUUAGGUACAAGUAUGUUACAUGACCAGUCCAAAAUCCGUUAGUACGAAAGUGCUUGUAACGUAACAGGUUAUAGGACUUAAAGAGUAAAUGACUUCAUGGGGCCAUAUGUUUCUGGUCUCAAAACCUGAUUAUUGAUCGAUCUUUGGUUUAUCUUAUUUACAUAGCUUGAAUAGCUUAAGUUCAUGUUUACCCGUAGGAUCACUGUUAUUGUCGUUUCGCCCGCGAAUCAUUGAUUCAAUUAUCUGGUUAUCCAGAUCAUGAACGAACCAAGUGUAUUUGAAGAUCACUGAAUAGAGAGGUGCUAGUUGUAGUGCAUACUGACAGUUAUUGUCUACAGAAUUGUAUGACUAAUAUUCUAAAGGUGUUUAUAAAAUAUGUGGGAUAAUGAUAUUGUAGUAGACUGUAAUUUGCACUAUAUGAGGGUGUUUGAUCAUAUGUGUAGAUUGAAACAUGCGGUAGGUAUGAAUAUCUAAUCAGCUUCAGUAUGGUGAAAAUCCCCAUGGCAAGACUAUGAUUUAUGGACGAACCAAUAAGGUAUAAGAUAAUAGGCCUCGGAUAUUGGCGCGAAAUUCACUCAUCCAGUUUGGUUAACUAGAGUUUUGGCAUUACAGCUGAUUGAUUUUAGUGCCGAUAAUGAUCAUCGGUUGCUCCAAACUUUGUAAUCUACUGAAAUCAUCGCUUUAUCAUCGUAGAAUUCAACCGAUCACUGCUUGCAGCCUUUUGUUGUGGAGACGUUCCCAAUCACACUGCAAGGUCAAUUUAUCUACUCGUGAUCUUGUGGAAGUGGUUAACCAAAAAGCCAAAAUUCACAAAUAUAUAAAGCCACAAGAGCCUGAAGAACCUUUGUACGUGAAUAGCCUGGAAAGAUGUGACUCAGAAGAGGAUUUGAACGUCAUAUCGGAAAAUGAUCAGUUGGACUUUGGUGCUCUUAGUGCGGAUAAUGUAUGUCAACAACCAUAUCAUGAGUCACUUGUUAAUCGAUCAAUUAAGAACAUAGAAAAAAAGUCAGUUAUCGAUGAACUAUUGAGUACUGAUGAAGUUGAAGAAGAUCCUGCUGACUGUUUAAGAUUAAGUAACGUUUAUCGUCGUCAUCCUCCUGAACAUUAUUGUGAAUUAAUAAAACGUUAUUGUAAAGCAGGUGAUACAAAUUCAGCAUUAUCUGUAUUUUUCUCUGAAAUGUUGGAAAAGGAUCGUGUUCUCCCAUCGAGAUUUCAUGCUCAUAUGGUUCUGGAUGGUUUGGCCAGAGUUGGAGACAGUGAGAAUGCAUUUCGCGUUUAUAAAAAGAUGACUGAAUUGGGUAUCGAUGCAACCCAGGCAACUUACUCACGUUUGUUUCGCGCUUGCGCUGAGGAUAUUGCAACAUGGUUUCGAAAGAAUAGAACUUUUAUGCCACCUGUUGUAAAUCGUACUGAGAACCAUUCAUUGUUAUUACACCGUAAAAUGCUGGCUCUUCAGAAAGCAUUGGCUCCAGACAUGUCACCAGAUAACUUUGGUGGACCUGCGCUUCAUAAAGUGUAUCUUUUCUGGCGUCGUUUAAUGGAAAAAAAUAUCCCAAUGAAUCAAUUUACAUACAAUACACUUAUUUUGGCUCUUGCCAAAGCUGGUGAUAUUCAUGGUUGUCUGCGUGCCUUGGAUAUGAUGUUGGAAACUGAAAAUAUUGAUCGUUUUUCUCGAAAAUCAAUUGGAUGUAAAAAUAAAUUGUUGUUUGCCGAUUCUUUCACAAUAUCAUCUGUACUCUCGGCUAUUGAACCAGCUAGUGCGAAGAGAAAUCUCGAAUCGUGUCAUCGACGUAUGGGUUUAUCGAAACAAUCAGCGAACUCAAACGAUGUUUUCAAUCGUGUUAGCCCAUUCCAACUAGCUUUAUCUUUAUGGCAUGAUUUAGUUCCAUUGUCAAAUAAUGAUGUUGCUCCGCAUCAUUUCACUUUACUAGCCAGAAUAAUGGGAUUGCAAAAUGACUGUUUGGAUGCAAAUAAUAAUUGUGAAAUAGUUUUUGUGAAUAAUACUCGUUAUAAGUCAUUUCAAGAUAUAUUUAAACCUUCUUCUGGCGACUCAUCCAGUUCUGUAAAUCUAAUACAUCCUUCCUGUACAUCACGUGAAUUGGCGUCAAUGAUGAUUGCACAAGCUACAAAAUCUUCAUUAUUAAGCAGCACGUCUACCGUUGAAUUAAAGUCGACCAGUAGUGAAUCAAUGAUUGACGAAGCGCCGGAAUCCCUUCAGCUUGAUUGGAAUGAUACAAUGUUAGCACUUCGUAGCCCAAUAAAUCUUCUUUUGCCUACUGAUAAACCAAUAGUAGUACGUUGAAUUUCCAUAAAACUUUUGUGUACAGAUUAGAAAGUCUUUGAAUUGUAGAAUAUCAGAAUCCGUUUAAGUUAUUUUUGAUGAAUGAUAUGAUUGGUUGAGUAGGGGGAUAUAUUUAUUGUGAUUUGUGAUUGUUGAAGUUGGAAAUGUGAAGGAAGGAGAUACUUGUGAAAAUAGACUGUAUCGAAAGUGGUUAGACAGAUUGAUAGUCAGUCAGUCAUGAUGAUUGUAGAGCAUGGGAUAUAUGUGCCAGAAUUGAAAUCCUGACUUGAUAGAUUUCAAAUGAUAUAUAUAUAUAUAUAUAUAUAUAUAUAUAUAUAUAUAUAUAUAGUAUUCGAAAAUCCAUUCUUGUAUUUAUCGUUUUUAAUCCCGUUAUCUACUAACGCGAUUUUAGUCGAUUAAGAUAUACAAGAAUAGUCAGGAUGUAUAUUUGAACCACAAUCAUUCAUACGACCGAAUUGGAGCCAGAUGUGGGGCCACAAAGCACCCACCAAUGAUAGUAAUGACGAUGAUAAAGAUCAAUUCUAUGAGAAGCUGCAACCGAUCAUGGCGAAGUGCUCAGGAAAGAACCAAACCAUCCUGAUAUAAGAUUUAAACGCCAAAGUUGGGAUGGACAACAUCGGAUAUGAAGAUAUCAUGGGACGACAUAGACUGGGAGAAAGGGACGGAAAUGGCGAGAGAUUUUCAAAUUUAUGUGAGAUCAACAAAAUGGUUAUAGGUGGCACUAUAUUACCCCCACAAGCACAUACAAGAAGCUACAUGGGUCUCAUCGGACCACACCACGGAGAACCAAGUCGAUCAUAUUUGCAUCAGCGAAAAAUUCAGAUAGUCCGUUCAAAACUCAUUGUUGUACUACAAAUUCUGAAAAAGGGCACAAAGAAGGUCAUUGUGAAACCGGAAAAUGCUUAUUACGAUAUAAUCGACUACAUUUGGGAGUCAAGACAGCCCCAUCCAUAUUUUAGCAAGUAAUAGAUACUAUGCUACAGGAUGUUCCAGGUGAUGCAGCUUAUCUGGAUGACAUAAUUAUCCCCAAAUUCCCUGGCACGGCCGAAUGUGAGAAGAGUCCGCUCUUCCCCUCUAAAUUCUCUUACAUGGCCAAGCGUAUACAGCCACUGACAUGGAAGUCCUACUUACUGCCUUCUCGCAGCGAGGGUGUUGUUUAUGAAAUUGAGAGGAUGAAAAACGAAUGUCCGACGCUCUAGCCGGGUUGGUGGACACUAAGGGUCCACCUAGAGGAGUUGGAGAACACUGAUUCCGAACCAAUGGUGCAUAUGGGCUCCAGUAUCCUGAAGGAACAAAUGGCGUAUGAACCAAUUGUUGGUCACCGGUUACUAUAGGACUGCAUCUCCUGAUGUUGCUACACUGUUGUGAAUUAGACCUUCAGGCCAAAGGCUUGGGGUGUGGUCCUCUGCGAAAACUACCUGCUUCAGUCUGUGCACUCGGGUAGUAUCACAGCCCACACACAAAUCACGAGACUUGUGUGGUGCAUAUUUAUUCGGUGCCUCUUUGAACCAAUAUUUAUGUGUUCAAAUAAAUAAAUAAAUAAUAAUUAUGGCAGUAGAUAGAAAGUACUCAGAAAAGAAGCUCGACCAGGUUCUGUCGCGUACAGCCGAAUAUGGACUCCGGCUCCGUGCAGAAAAAUGUAACUUCAGCAUGCAAAAGGUACGUUACCUCGGGUUUAUAAUCGGUAAAGAUGUCAGAAUAUCAAACCUAGAGAAUGCUCAGGCAGUGAAAGCUAUGCCUAGACUGACGGACGUCCACACCCUACGAUCCUUUUUGGGACUAGUUAGUUAUUAUGGAGCUUUAAGAGAAGUUAGGAGUUAUCUUCUCACCAAGUGGCCGAACCGUCAUUUUCAAUGAGGACUUCUACAAUAUUUUCGCUGGUGGGACUGAUAUUUGAUUUUCGUUUCAUUUAUCAUGUUCGAUGACAGAGGUCUUGUUCCGAAAACAUUGCGCCACAAGGUUUUGAAACAAUUCCACAGAGGCCAUCUCGGCAUCAAUAAAAUGAAAUCGUUGUCUCGAAGCUAUGCUUACUGGCAUAAAAUGGACCAAUAUAUCGAAACUAGAUGUUGCAAGCAGCCAAAAGUCUAGAGAAAUGUAAACCACAACAUUGAACGAAACCUAAUAGUCCCUGGGAGAGGCUACAUGCAGAUUUUGCCGGCUUAGUACCAGGAACAACGUUUUUAGUCAUAGUGGAUGCACUCACAAAAUGGCCACAAAUCUUUGCUAUGGCAAGCCUCACAGCCAGUGAAACAAUCAACAAGUAAUCUGAAUUGUUUAGCUGUUUCGACGUUCUGGAGACUUUGGUGACCGACAACGGUUCACAAUUCACUUUAGAAUCAUUCAAGCACUUCUGCAGCAUUAAUGGAAGUACAGAUAUACGCCUCCCACCCUAUCACCCUCAGUCACAUAUACAGGCAGAACGCUUCGUUGACACAUUUAACAGAGCAUUACUGAAACGGGGAGACAAGGAGACAAGCCAGGUAAUUACAAAAUUUUUAACGGCUUAUAGAACUACACACAACCCUAUUAUCCCAGUUUGAAAGUCCCCUGCUGAAGCUAUGUUCAUAAAAAUUCGAACUAUGUCCGGCGCCAUAUUGCCACCUAGACCAGUGGAUGGACGCAGACAAUAUCAGAGUAUCCGAAGUUUUAACUAGGGUGAUAAAGUAGUCACAAAAUCAUUCCUUUGAAAAAAUCGUUUGGAACCGGGAGUCAGUCAGUCAGUCAGCUACAACGUAGGACCAGACACAUAUGUGCAUCGGUCCAGGUUACCAUACCGCAUCAGCACAACAAGAUGAACACCGGAUUCAUAGCAGUGGUUAGGUCAAAGGUAGUAAUAUGUAAGAGAAAGAUUGCAUAUGGAGAUAUAGUACAAGAAGAAAGAAUUGGUUCGUAGAAAGAAAGAUAUGAAGCGAUUUUAAUCUCAUAGUUCAGGGGAAGACAAAGAGUGUAUACACCGACGCCAUUGUGAUCGAUUCUGAGCCAUGUCACCCACAGUCUCCAACCAUUGGUUACGAUAGUCACGCGGACCCCAACCAAGUAGUCUGCAUCUACCAACAUGGCUCAGACUAGAAGUUAGUGUCUUCAAGCACUGAUGUCACGUUUUGGUUUGGCCGCCCCUAACCGGGAGUCAUUGAAAAGAGAAUAAGAAAUGUUUUGUACAAAGUGCAUGGGACUUUUGGAAUAUGGAUUAGAUACCAACCGAAUCCACAUAGAAAAAAGGACGUUGAAUAUGGUAGAUAAAUGGACACUCAUAGUCGCUGGACACCAAGAAAGUCAGAACACCUGAGGAAAGCAGUCAUCAAGCUGCAAGUAGGCGCGAAGAGAAAGUUUAAUUUUUUGAAAGGGGGAAGGUGUUGGAGAGACCCAGAAGGUUCCUCGAAAAAAUCCUAGUGGGAACCCGAAAACGUUGAGAAACAUCUUAUACAGUCGGCAUUCAAUUGGAGUUUCUCAGAAACAUCUGGAAGGUGAAAAGUCACAUUUCCGACAGGAUGAUUGCCUAUCCUGCUACUGCAUGUAGAAGGGUUCUGGAACAUUCUAGAAGUUCAAAACCAUCUAAAAUGUUAUAAAUAUCCUAGAUCUUCUGUACAUAAAUUAACCUUGGAGUAAAGCAUUUUUUCCGUAUUUCUCGCCCUUUCGUGUUCAAGUUGCCAUUUAGAUUUAGCCUGUGGGUUAUUAUAAGAGCAUAGGAAACCAAAUCAAGCGCUCAAUCAGAAGAUUCAUUCACCAGUUUCUUGUGUUUGUGCCACAUCUGGACGUUCGAAGCGAAGUAGAUGGAGCGGUGUUCGAAUAUAAGACUUAGUGGUCGAUUGUCUCACGCCUCAACCAUUAGUCCACCACUCAAGUCUGAUAUAAUUAACAUAAAGAAUGUUACAACGGUAAUGUAGCCCGGAUUAGCAUACCGUAUCAACAGGACGAGAUGAUACUAAUUAGAUGAGUAGCAAGGUUGCCGAAAUACUGUAGCAAUAAUGACAAUGAGACAGACUGAAUAUUGUGAAUGUGGUUUGGAAAGACAAUGGAAACGUACAUAUGAAGGAACACUGGAACUGUUAAGUAAAAUACAAAGUGAAUUCUUCUGCACCAUUGUGAUCGAUUGUUAGUCCUGUUACUGGUCUCAGCAAUGGUGUGAAUCCCAACCAGAUGGUUUGUAUACAUCUGCUUCAAUUAAGGCAACCGGAGAGUAUUCUAGAACCAACACACUUUGUGUGCGUAUAUAUGUUGUGAUGCCCCUAUGUACCAAUUUCAUCUGUUUAAAUAAACAAAAAAACAAAUAGAAGGGAUUUCGAAACACAGUAGAUGUUUAAAAUGAAGAUUUAUAAAAACUACGGUUUUGUGUUGUCGCAUUACAAACACUCUUUUUUUCUGUUGUCCUUGAACAGUGAAUACUCGUGAUUUUCUUCAACACUAAGGUGUACCUAAGAUCGUCAAUAUCAUACGGAAUUCAUACGACGGACCACACUGCAAAGUGGUGCAUGAAUUAAAGUUGAUAGACUCAUUCUAAGUGAGGACAGGAGUCGGACAAUGCUGCUUAAUCUCGCUCUUUCUACCUCUUCUGUUGUUCAACUGGACUAUGAAGACCUUCACGUUUCAGAGGAAGCACGGAAUAAAAUGGACGGCUUGAAUGCAGCUAGACGACUUGAACUUCACAGAUGACCUAGCUUUUCUAUCCCAUACACAUCAACAAAUGCGAGUGAAGACACACAGAGUGUAUCAAAACCUCGGCAUCAGUAGGCCUCAAAAUACACAAGGGAAAAGGCAACAUCCUCAAAUACAACUCGGACAAUACUAGCUAAAUCACACUUGAUGGAGAAACUCUGGAACAGGUGGAGAAUUUUACAUGCCUGGGAAGCGUCAUCGAAGAGCAAGGACAAUCUGACAUAGACUUGAAGGCAAGGAUUGGCAAAUCAAGGACGGCAUUCCUACAGUUGAAGAACAUACGGAAUUCGAAACAGGUCCGUUUGAACGGAUACUGUCAUCAACAGCCCUCUGUGGUAGAGAACAAACCAGCUCCUAACUGAAGAGGAAAUUAACAAAAGACUCUGCAGGUGGAUAGGAAAUACAUUGCAAAAUUCAUCAAACUGCAUCACAAGGCAAGCGCCAACUUGGAAUACUGAAAAGAAAAGGAAGAUAGGAAGACUAAAGAACACACUGUGCUGGUAAUGUGAAGCACACCUCGAGAGAACGAAUAGGAAUUAGUAACAGCUGGAAAGGAUUGCCCAGGACAGAGUUCGAAGAACAAUUCUGAUAGAUGGUCUAUGCUCCUCCACGAGGGGUAACAGGCGUAAGUAACUGAAUUUGUGGACCAAAAGACCAAUGUAUGUAUCCUUGGCAACGUCUUGCUCUCGUUGGUGGAUUGUAUGGUCUCCUGGAUACUGUUGAAAAUCGUUACAAAUUGAAAGUGAAUAUUAGUUUUUUCACUUGUAUCGUCAGUUUGUUGCCACCACCAGUGAAAUCUGAUCAGUGUUACACAAAAGAUGCUUUUGAUACUUGGGAAACAGAAGUUUUAAAUUUACUUUCAAAGUUUAAACUAACUGCUGAUACUGCAUUAUACAAUUCUUUUAUUCAUCGUAGAACAUCAUCUGGUUUGAAUGCUAAUCAUUUAUUAGCAGAUAUGACUCGUAAAGGGUUAAUUCCUGACCAAAUUACUUGGGGUUGCCUAGCUCGAGGUUGUCAAACAAAAGAGUCAGUUAAACAACUCCUACGUGGAUUUGAGAUUGCUGCUACAACCCCACUAUCUUCCAUUGAUUUGGAGACUAACAGUAUACCUCGUGAACAAAAUGUCCACUCACAAAUCGUUAGACCAAGUUUCACAUUCUUCAGUACUUUACUAUCAACGUCUGGAUUUAAUUGGGAGUUGAAGGCAUUUGUUAUUGAAUAUAUGAGGUGUCCAAUUCACAUAGAUGAGUUGUCUAAUAAGAAAUCUGCCAUACCGAAACGCGAUGUUUAUGGAAACCAAGUAUCCAAUCAUUUCGAUGGAUUUGUGUUAGAUCGCCGAGUAAUCGCAUCUAUUGAUAUAGAUAUUGGUUUGUUUCGAGAGCUUUUGGCGAAUGGUGUAAUUCCGAAAGGUAAGUUGGUUAUGCGAGUGUGUACUCAUUUUAUAGAAUAUACAUGAAAACAAUGGUUUGCAAACUUAUGAGGGUUUCUGUUAUCCCGUUGUUGGUAAUAAGUAUUGAAUGUUUACCAGUUUUGAUUGGAAUUUGUUAAUCAUGAGUGUCAAAUUCAGCUGGAUAACGGUUAAGUUCAAUUGAACAACAUACUUGACAUCUGAGUCAGAAAACUGUGGAUUAUCAAUUUAAUUAGUAAGGUACGGAGAUUUAGCAUAUUUGUAUUGUGGCUAUCAGUGGAAUUCAGGACACACAUCUCAUCCUGCUUUGAAGUGGUUAGUUGAAUGCACAUGCUACAGAUACUUAAUUAGCGGUUUUUUCUCAUUUCAAUAUCGAUGAAAAGAUUUCUAAAGAUCUUUAGUAGAAGGAUUAUAUUAACUUUGAGAUUUGAAUUUUAUAUCUAGAGCUUAUAUUCUUGAUAUGCAGCGUAUAACUUGAGCUCUCGAACGCUAGAACUCUCUCAAGUCGCAAAUGAGAAGACAGAAGACAAGUGAAAGGAAUGUUAUUCCAAACAGUGUUGAUUAUAGUACAAAACUGUCAGGUAUUUAUAGUUUUUAGUGAAAACGAAAUCAUCUUUAUAGUUAUCCAAUCGGCACACAGGGGUUGUUAGCAUUGUCCAGUAGGGAAGCUACACAUAGUGAUUUUGGAAUAUUCUUCCAGAAGCUGAUUGGAUGGAAUAUCUUCGGCUCUUUCUGAGCUUCCUAGAGUUCACCUGUGGACCGUCUUCACAGAAUCCGCCUUGCUGAACAUGCUAUUUAGAGUUAUGAGACUUUUAAGUUACUCGCGGAAGCUCACAUCUAGCUGUUUACAUUUGCAUUUUAAACAACCGAUCUUCAAGACCACGCGAAAUAACUUUGACCAAGUCACUGUAAAUUUUCCUUAAUAUUUAUUAUAAAUGCAUGAUCAUUACGUAGUUACAGCUUGUGAAGGAGCAUAGACCAUCUAUCAGAAUUGUUCUUCGAACUCUGUCCUGGGCAAUCCUUUCCAGCUGUUACUAAUUCCUAUUCGUUCUCUCGAGGUGUGCUUCACAUUACCAGCACAGUGUGUUCUUUAGUCUUCCUAUCUUCCUUUUCUUUUCAGUAUUCCAAGUUGGCGCUUGCCUUGUGAUGCAGUUUGAUGAAUUUUGCAAUGUAUUUCCUAUCCACCUGCAGAGUCUUUUGUUAAUUUCCUCUUCAGUUGGGAGCUGGUUUGUUAAGAUGGUGGUUGGAGGUAGUCACAGGAAACCCUGGACCUUAGUUUCGUGCUACUUGGCACUCGUCAACCAGGUGUACUUUUAAUCUUGUGGGAACUAAUGCGUCCUGACGGACUCGAUCCCAUGUCACACAGCUUCACAGUCAGAGACGUUACUACUGAGCUAUCCGGGCCGCGACUGAUGUCCUGUAGGACUGAGAUGUAUUACAAUUGAUUGAUCACUGGGCGGUGAUCAAUCUCGAAUAAGUUUCUAUAAUAUUCUCCUAUCCAUACUGUCAAAUACUUUCUCAUAAUGAAGGAAGUUGGUGCAUAGUGACGAGUUCCAUUCAAUUGACUGUUCGACAAUGCUCCGUAGUGUCGCUAUUUGGUCUGUGCACAACCGAUUCUUACGGAAUCCGACCUGUUGAUCUGGAAUUCGGUCGUCUACUGCAUCUUCCAUCCGGCUCAGCAACACUUUGUUGAAAACUUUUCCUGGUACCGAUAGUAGUGUGGUGCCUCUGUAGUUCUCACACUUGUUCAGAUCUUUUUCUCUAGUAUUUUGAUGAGGUGUGCUUCUUCCCAGUCUAUCGGCACAUGUUCUUCCUCUCAAAUCUUCCUAAAUAGAACGUGGAGCGUGUUUGCAGUUGGUUCUAUGUGUGAUUUUAGUGCUUCAUCUAGUAUAUUGUCAGCUCCCAGUGCUUUCCCAAUGUUCAUUUAUCUGAUGGCUAUCCUUAUUUCUUCCGUCGUUGGUGUAGUGACAGUUAUAGGAAGGUUUGUGUGUGCUGCUUCGAUGUCUGAUGGAUUCUAUGGAGCUGGUCAAUUUAAGAGUUUCUCGAAGUGUUCUACCAAUCUGUUUCUCUGUUCUUGAAUCUCAGUUAUUUGCUAGCCGUCUGUGUAAGCUCCUCUCUUGGUUCUCACUUUUUUAUUGAAAUUCUGCAUUUUUUAGUAAAGCAAAUCUGAUCUAUCUGGUUCUGUGUAGUGUGAUCUGGUGAGGCCCAUGUAGCUUUGCGUAUAUACUUAUUGGUGAAUAUUGUGCCACCUAUUACCAGUUUGUUGAAUGCACACAAAUUUGAAAAUCUGUCACCAUUCUCGUUCCUUUCUCCCAGUCCAGGUAUUGAUUUAUUUAAACACGUAAACACUGGUAAAAGGAGACACUAAGUAUGUAUGCACCAUAGAAAUUAUCCGAUUUCCAUGAGGUCUGGAAUACUGUACGAGCGCCCAAACUGAAGCAGGUGACUUUCCUAGAUGGCCACAUUAUUAGCCUUUGAUGUCGAGGUUUAAUCCACAGGGUAGUAGAGCGACGUGAUGAGAUGCAUUUCCAUGGUAGGCAGUGACCAGCGGUAGGUUCAUAUGUUAUUUUCUUCGCUCAGGAUCCUGGAGAUCAUGCGCACGAUUGGUACGGAAUCAGGGUUUUCCAACUCUCUAUGUGGAUCCCUCAUAUCCACCAAUCCGGUUAAAGUGCCCGACAUUCGAGCUCCGCCCUCCCAUUCUCAUUAUCAGCAAGCCUGGUGUAAGAAGGCAGUGAGUAGAAGGGAGGGUUGACUCUCCCCACCCUCGACUAGACCAGGGAAUUUGGAGCCCUAGUCCAUGUUGUCGCAUGAUAUCUUCAUAUCCGGUGUUGUCCAUUCCGACUUUGGCGUUUAGAUCUCCCAUCAGGAUAGUCAGAUCGUUUCCUGAGCACUUCGCUAUGAUCGAUUGCAGCCUCUCGUAGAACUGAUCUUUAUUAUCGUCAUUGCUAUCAUUGGUGGGUGUAUAACACUGGAUAAGAUUCAUUGUGAUUCCAUCCUUCCUUGUUUUGAAAGAUGCUUUAUCGAAGCAUGUGCCGACGAUGUUGUUGAGAAGGACAAUUAAUGCUAUACGAUGCAGCUCAGAGAUCGAAACACGCUCAAAUGAAUAACAGUUUUUAAUGAUAGAUUUUCUUUAAUAACUUUGUUAAUCUUGAUAGAAGGUACUCUGAAAUGACUUUUUCUUGGUAGUAGCAAGACUUCGGACAUUUAGUGAAAGAAUCUCGAAGUUCUAGUGAGAAUGUGACUAGUGAGGUACGACUACUGUGAAAGAUUGGUAUAAUUAUGUGAUUGAAUGAUAUUCACAUGAUGUCACGAAUUGACAUAAAUCGGUAAUGAAGAAGAAUGUAUGAGAACCCGAUAGUGGUCGGAAGGUAGCAUGUUUGUUGUGAGACGUGGAAGUGCCAGGCUCGAUUGGCGGAUCGGUUGCAAGUGUCGACUACUGACUGGCGAGGCACAUACUGUGAAAGUAUCUGUCAGAUGCUGUUUAAUCUUCAACGGUUGUUAUUUAUCUAAAAUCAGUUUGUGAUGUUUUGUCUAUUUUCUAAUUUGAACAAUCUCCAAAAGCAACCAUACUAAUAGUGAUUUCUACCUUAUUUUUCUUUAUUAUGGUAGAUGGUUCACCUGUUCACGAAUCAAAAACUGGUGGAUUUCAUGUCUAUCCAAAUGCUGUUCGUUCAUUUUAUAGAUUUUAUAAGAUCUAUAAAUCUUGGCUGUGUGAAAGUCCUGUGGCGAAACCUUGUUAAUGUAUUUAUGCAUAUAUAUGUAUAUAUUUAGAUAUAUGGGGAAGCAAUGUAACUAUUUGCUGGAAUUGUUGUGCAUAAUAAUCUGUAUUUGUAGAUACAAUUGUUUUGAAAGUAAACUGUACUUGUUUUGAUAUGUUUUUAUCUACAUGUUUAUGUGAUUGUUGCUGACUAUUUUGAGAAUGUUUGUUGACAUUAUUUUUAUGAUAUUGGGAAUUUCUUCUUUCAAGUGUGUUGAUGCGAGGUAUGACAACAUGGAUCAAUGAAGAUUUAUGAGUUAUCCUUUUUGGUUGUUUAUGACCUACUGACAGAGCAGUUGAACUGUGUGUUUACUGUGCAUUCACUAUCUUGUGUUUUAAAAAGGAAGAGCAUUUAGAGCGAAUGAUUAGUUUACGGUAAAUUUCCCGUUUGAUCCUACAGUAAUAGAUCCAUGGUUUUAUUGUUUUAUGAUACCUAGUUUCAGGUGUAUGCAUACAAGUGUUGACUUAACUGAGUCGGUGUUGUAGAUUUGGAAUAUGAAUUUAUAAUUGUAUGGAGUGAUUAGAAUGUUACUGAGACCAAUUAUUCGUCCAAGCAUGUGUAUAAAAGUAAUUCGGUUGUGAGGUACAGGUUUGCUGAAUUUUAAGUUUUAUGUGAAUGUUGGAAUGAGAGUGGUCGGUUGUCCGAACAGAAAUAGGUGUCAAGCUUGCAACAGGUUGGUUGAAAUCUUAGUGUUAACCACUACUAAACCACGGGCGUAUUAAUUAGGCCAGUUAAUCUUGUCAUUUGAAAAAUGAUUUUCUGUGAUAUGGCCUAAUAUUAAUUACUAUGGCUUAAAUGAGUCAUGUAUUAGCUUGCUACUAACCCUUGACCGCUAAUCUAUCUGAAUACACUCUCUGUCCUGUCUCUUUUGUUUCUACAUGACUUGAGUAUUUAGUCGUUCUUAUGAGUUUUGAUCAACUUUUUCCACCCAAAGUGUAUAUUACAAGCAGAGAUCUAUGGUGGCUAGCAGUGGAAUCCAGGACGCGCGUUUCGUUCUGUUUGGGACUCGUCAGCUGGAUGUACGUGCAUCCCAGCGUUGAUGUUCACUACGGGAUUGAAAGCUAGUGCCGUUUCAAACUCCUUCGCUUUAUCCACGUAGCUAGUUAGUCCAGAUUGCCACUGACUUGUGCAAUGUGGUAAAUUUUAAUUAAUUUUGUAUCAGAUGUUUGAAUCUUGAACUCAAUCGUACAAGCUAGUGACUAUCUGGACUCACCAACUAAGUGUAUAAUGCGGUGGUGUUUGAAGCGAACGACACUGGAUUCCAGUCCUGUAGCGAACAUCAACUUUGGGAUCCAUGUACAUGCCUAUAUUCUAAAUGGGUUUUAGUUUGGUUGAGCGAAUUUAACGUUUCCCCUUUAGGUCUUAUGCAUUGCUGAAUCGAAUAUCUAGAAAACUUGGUGAUUAUCUAACGGAAUAUAAAAUAAUCAUAUCUAUCGGACUGAAGAGGUGAAAUUCAGGAGCAUGUUCAAAAGCAAAUGUUUAAGAUUUUUAGAUGGUGUGUGCUGAAGAUGAUAAGGACUAGAUGUAAUUGAGCCUCUGUGACGAAUUUUUACUUCCCAAAUGUUCGACCACUGCCCUUAGACAUGCUGGUUCUGUUCAUGGAAGUUCGGUUAAGUUUUACAUACUGCAAUAUUGUAUAUUGAAGUUUUAAAUGAAGUAUGAAAUGUGAGCUAGUUCCAGUAUAUUGUUGACCAUUACCCUGUACAAGAGAGUGAAAAUGAUUAUGUGAUGAGCAGGAUUGUGUAAGUUAUGCACCCACUUCUUGUCAUGUUAUUGAACUGAUAGACUCGGUAUCAAAACACUAACUACAUAUUUGUGUGAAUAGUUUACGUUAUAGAGGAUAGGUUCGAUUCCCUCACUGAACUGUUCUAUGAUGGGAUAUCUAUCAGAGAGUGACCUCAUUUGACGCUAGCCGUUUCACUUCUGUUAUCAAAAUAUCUGUGAGAUGGAGGAUUAAUUGACAAGCUCAGCUGUUAUAUUUCCGCGUAGUUUUCGUAAUGGUUAGUUCAAUUAAGUGUUGUUAAGUUUUAUUUUUGUUUUGGCUACUGCACAAUAUGCAUCAAUGUAUCUGUUGAUUUCUACUUUGGUAUCUAGUGAUUUUAGUGCCGAUAAUGAUCAUCGGUUGCUCCAAACUUUGUAAUCUACUGAAAUCAUCGCUUUAUCAUCGUAGAAUUCAACCGAUCACUGCUUGCAGCCUUUUGUUGUGGAGACGUUCCCAAUCACACUGCAAGGUCAAUUUAUCUACUCGUGAUCUUGUGGAAGUGGUUAACCAAAAAGCCAAAAUUCACAAAUAUAUAAAGCCACAAGAGCCUGAAGAACCUUUGUACGUGAAUAGCCUGGAAAGAUGUGACUCAGAAGAGGAUUUGAACGUCAUAUCGGAAAAUGAUCAGUUGGACUUUGGUGCUCUUAGUGCGGAUAAUGUAUGUCAACAACCAUAUCAAAAGUCAGUUAUUUCUGGAGAAAGUGAAGCAAUAGAAUCGGUUAUCGAUGAACUAUUGAGUACUGAUGAAGUUGAAGAAGAUCCUGCUGACUGUUUAAGAUUAAGUAACGUUUAUCGUCGUCAUCCUCCUGAACAUUAUUGUGAAUUAAUAAAACGUUAUUUUAAAGCAGGUGAUACAAAUUCAGCAUUAUCUGUAAGAAUUUAUUCUCUUCCAUUUUUCGUUGUUAAUGUUUACUUACAUUGGUCUACCAUUUGAAUUGUUAUAUUUUCCUGCACCAACAUAAAUAAUACUGACUUUUUAUGUGAGUUGGGAAGUGCUUUGAACUGUUAUUCAUUAGCUAAAUGGGGUCUUGUUCAGUCGGACUCGAGCUACACUGUUCAUAUGGUGGCCUGUGAUUUUCUAGGUGGCUUUGAGAACCGAAUUUGGGUUUGAAUACUCCAGUUUAACGGUUUAAGAUCGAACACUAAUCGCUAAACUCCAUAUCUCAUAAAAUUAACUUUUAUUGAACCCUAAAUAAUAGUUUGCAACCAUGGGAUGCUUUACUUUGGUAUUUCAUACUUGCACAUAUUUCUGGACGUUUUUAUAUCAGGAUUGAAAUGUUUCCUGUAGGUAUUUUUCUCUGAAAUGUUGGAAAAGGAUCGUGUUCUCCCAUCGAGAUUUCAUGCUCAUAUGGUUCUGGAUGGUUUGGCCAGAGUUGGAGACAGUGAGAAUGCAUUUCGCGUUUAUAAAAAGAUGACUGAAUUGGGUAUCGAUGCAACCCAGGCAACUUACUCACGUUUGUUUCGGUUAGUUUGAAGGAUUCCCAGUAAAUGUGAAUGCUGUUAGUUGUUUUGUUUGGUAAGAUUGUUGAUGUGAUAAUUGUAUUUAAAAAGAAAACUAGUAACUACUUGAAAUCUUUCGAUUUACUAGCAUCUAUUCAUUGUUUUAUUUUAAGUUGUGUCACCUCAACAUUGAGUAAGAAAGAUUGUCUCAGCAGAGUUCUCUUUUUGGUGAAUUCAUUUUCACAGCUGUACAACUGCGCAUGCAUUUAUAUAUAUACUUAAUUUUCAAGAUGAUAAUAGUUACAAUAAUGGCGAUAAUAAAAUUUCGUUAAAUAUGGUAACAGUUAGGUAGAAUAAACACAAGUAUUGAAGCGUUAUUUUUAUCAGAAAAGGGUUUUGUGGAUAUUUUAGUAGUUUAAUAGUUGAGUUCAUGAGUCAAUUGAAGCUCGACUACCAUGGAAAACCUGAAAGCACUGGACGGCCAUUUCGCCUUAUUGUGGGAUUUCUCAGUAGUACGCAUCGACGAUGCCGUCUCUCGAGAUUCGAACCCACGAUCCAUCGGUCUCGCGCGCGAACACUUAACCUCUAGACCACUGAGCCUGCAUCCAACAGUGCUAAUGUCUAACUUCACCCAAUCCACGAGAUUGACCGACACAUUCACCAUUGUCUUCAAUGAGUUACUAUCUCACAACAGACCUGGUUGAACUCCACUGGUCACUGCUUCUCACUAGAACUCCAGGAAAUAACUCUUGAGCAUAUGAUGAUUAUUAUGAGCAGAGUUUUGUGGUUUUAUUGUUAAAGCUUUGAAUAUUCAUUAUGAAGAUAAAUAGAGAAGUUAUAAUUGGGAAAAGGAGGUUCAGCAUGAUAAGAUAAAAUGUAGUCAGGAUGAAACAGAAAUAAAUCAGCUGGGGGUAAAAGGUAUAUAGAGAAAAUAGAAAGGGAAUCAGAUGGCGGUGAAGGGAAAAACGUAUGAAGAAGAAAUAAAAUUGUGAGACAUUAAGACCAUGGUAGAAGAAGAGGUUGUACCAAUUUCUGUUGGACCGCAUAAUUCUGGUUUUUCCAGCUAUUGCUUCGGCAAUGUUAAUAAGAUGCAAUGUAACUGUCUUUAGAAGCCUUCUACUUACCUUGUAUAUAUGACUUUAAAUGCAGAGUCCACUUUGAUUGAGUGACCUGUGUUCACAUGGUGUUCGAUUAUUGAGCUUCUUGUUGACCCAUUUCCUCCUCUUUAUAGCCAAGCCGAGUAAUCUUCUUGAAUUCUUUGGGAUAAAGUAAGCAUUGAACGACCUAUAUUACCUGGUUCCACAUGAACAGAUAAAUUGAUAAACCCACAUGGAGUUGGUCAGAUGAGAUAAUUUAUCCUUAAAAUUACUGAUUAACAUUGAUCGUCUGUAGAACACUAUUAGCAAAGUUGCCACGAAAAACGUUCAUUUUAGAGAAUCGGAAAUUCUCCUUUUUAGGACGUUUAUUAAUCUAUCACCCUUGAAAUCAAUGUUCAUGUAAAGUGUUUUCUUUUGAACCAAGGUUAUUUGUGCUUUAGACUAUUUAGGUUUUAUAUUCUUGUCAAUAAAUAUCGAAGGAUACCCGUUUUUUGAUAAGUAUUAUCUUCAAGAGUUAGGUUCAAGAAUCCUGUACGAAAAUUGAUAUUACUCAUUCCAGUUUUGUGUAUCAACCAUAUGAAAACACAAAUGCUUACUAUUGAUUAUAUAUAGUCCGUGUAAUUGGAGCAGGUUCCAACACUCACCUCAAUUACUUGUCUUUGGGUACAUGUUUACUGUGACCAGGUUUCAUACAAACAGUAUGGCUCGAAACUGAGUGCAUAAAUAUGUACUUCGUGAGUGAUUUUUGAGGUAGGUUAUCGUCCUCUCUAACAGACAAUAGUAUUUUCUUACACUUAUAACUUACGUGACCAAAUAAUGUUCUGAGUAUAGGAAAUUUGAGUCUCAGCGUUUUUUAAAAUUCAUUUACUAUAGAUUUUACUAAAUUAGUAAAUAGUGUAUCCUAUAUGUUUUAGUUUCUAUUUGCUGACACAUCGACAUAUGUGAUUUAUUGAAUUAUGAUGAAUUUAUUGUUUAGCGCUUGCGCUGAGGAUAUUGCAACAUGGUUUCGAAAGAAUAGAACUUUUAUGCCACCUGUUGUAAAUCGUACUGAGAACCAUUCAUUGUUAUUACACCGUAAAAUGCUGGCUCUUCAGAAAGCAUUGGCUCCAGACAUGUCACCAGAUAACUUUGGUGGACCUGCGCUUCAUAAAGUGUAUCUUUUCUGGCGUCGUUUAAUGGAAAAAAAUAUCCCAAUGAAUCAAUUUACAUACAAUACACUUAUUUUGGCUCUUGCCAAAGCUGGUGAUAUUCAUGGUUGUCUGCGUGCCUUGGAUAUGAUGUUGGAAACUGAAAAUAUUGAUCGUUUUUCUCGAAAAUCAAUUGGAUGUAAAAAUAAAUUGUUGUUUGCCGAUUCUUUCACAAUAUCAUCUGUACUCUCGGCUAUUGAACCAGCUAGUGCGAAGAGAAAUCUCGAAUCGUGUCAUCGACGUAUGGGUUUAUCGAAACAAUCAGCGAACUCAAACGAUGUUUUCAAUCGUGUUAGCCCAUUCCAACUAGCUUUAUCUUUAUGGCAUGAUUUAGUUCCAUUGUCAAAUAAUGAUGUUGCUCCGCAUCAUUUCACUUUACUAGCCAGAAUAAUGGGAUUGCAAAAUGACUGUUUGGAUGCAAAUAAUAAUUGUGAAAUAGUUUUUGUGAAUAAUACUCGUUAUAAGUCAUUUCAAGAUAUAUUUAAACCUUCUUCUGGCGACUCAUCCAGUUCUGUAAAUCUAAUACAUCCUUCCUGUACAUCACGUGAAUUGGCGUCAAUGAUGAUUGCACAAGCUACAAAAUCUUCAUUAUUAAGCAGCACGUCUACCGUUGAAUUAAAGUCGACCAGUAGUGAAUCAAUGAUUGACGAAACGCCGGAAUCCCUUCAGCUUGAUUGGAAUGAUACAAUGUUAGCACUUCGUAGCCCAAUAAAUCUUCUUUUGCCUACUGAUAAACCAAUAGUAAUUUGUGGACCAAAAGACCAAUGUAUGUAUCCUUGGCAACGUCUUGCUCUCGUUGGUGGAUUGUAUGGUCUCCUGGAUACUGUUGAAAAUCAUUUCAAAUUGAAACUGAAUAAUAAUUUUUUUGCGCAUACCGUUCGUUUAUUGCCACCACCAGUGAAAUCUGAUCAGUGUUACACAAAAGAUGCUUUUGAUACUUGGGAAACAGAAGUUUUAAAUUUACUUUCAAAGUUUAAACUAACUGCUGAUACUGCAUUAUACAAUUCUUUUAUUCAUCGUAGAACAUCAUCUGGUUUGAAUGCUAAUCAUUUAUUAGCAGAUAUGACUCGUAAAGGGUUAAUUCCUGACCAAAUUACUUGGUGUUGCGUAGCUCGAGGUUGUCAAACAAAAGAGUCAGUUAAACAACUCUUACGUGGAUUUGAGAUUGCUGCUACAACCCCACUAUCUUCCAUUGAUUUGGAGACUAACAGUAUACCUCGUGAACAAAAUGUCCACUCACAAAUCGUUAGACCAAGUUUCACAUUCUUCAGUAAUUUACUAUCAACACCUGGAUUUGAUUGGGAGUUGAAGGCAUUUGUUAUUGAAUAUAUGAGGUGUCCAAUUCACAUAGAUGAGUUGUCUGAUAAGAAAUCUGCCAUACCGAAACGCGAUGUUUAUGGAAACCAAGUAUCCAAUCAUUUCGAUGGAUUUGUGUUAGAUCGCCGAGUAAUCGCAUCUAUUGAUAUAGAUAUUGGUUUGUUUCGAGAGCUUUUGGCGAAUGGUGUAAUUCCGAAAGAUGGUUCACCUGUUCACGAAUCAAAAACUGGUGGAUUUCAUGUCUAUCCAAAUGCUGUUCGUUCAUUUUAUAGAUUUUAUAAGAUCUAUAAAUCUUGGCUGUGUGAAAGUCCUGUGGCGAAACCUUGUUAAUGUAUUUAUGCAUAUAUAUGUAUAUAUUUAGAUAUAUGGGGAAGCAAUGUAACUAUUUGCUGGAAUUGUUGUGCAUAAUAAUCUGUAUUUGUAGAUACAAUUGUUUUGAAAGUAAACUGUACUUGUUUUGAUAUGUUUUUAUCUACAUGUUUAUGUGAUUGUUGCUGACUAUUUUGAGAAUGUUUGUUGACAUUAUUUUUAUGAUAUUGGGAAUUUCUUCUUUCAAGUGUGUUGAUGCGAGGUAUGACAACAUGGAUCAAUGAAGAUUUAUGAGUUAUCCUUUUUGGUUGUUUAUGACCUACUGACAGAGCAGUUGAACUGUGUGUUUACUGUGCAUUUACUAUCUUGUGUUUUAAAAAGGAAGAGCAUUUAGAGCGAAUGAUUAGUUUACGGUAAAUUUCCCGUUUGAUCCUACAGUAAUAGAUCCAUGGUUUUAUUGUUUUAUGAUACCUAGUUUCAGGUGUAUGCAUACAAGUGUUGACUUAACUGAGUCGGUGUUGUAGAUUUGGAAUAUGAAUUUAUAAUUGUAUGGAGUGAUUAGAAUGUUACUGAGACCAAUUAUUCGUCCAAGCAUGUGUAUAAAAGUAAUUCGGUUGUGAGGUACAGGUUUGCUGAAUUUUAAGUUUUAUGUGAAUGUUGGAAUGAGAGUGGUCGGUUGUCCGAACAGAAAUAGGUGUCAAGCUUGCAACAGGUUGGUUGAAAUCUUAGUGUUAACCACUACUAAACCACGGGCGUAUUAAUUAGGCCAGUUAAUCUUGUCAUUUGAAAAAUGAUUUUCUGUGAUAUGGCCUAAUAUUAAUUACUAUGGCUUAAAUGAGUCAUGUAUUAGCUUGCUACUAACCCUUGACCGCUAAUCUAUCUGAAUACACUCUCUGUCCUGUCUCUUUUGUUUCUACAUGACUUGAGUAUUUAGUCAUUCUUAUGAGUUUUGAUCAACUUUUUCCACCCAAAGUGUAUAUUGCAAGCAGAGAUCUAUGGUGGCUAGCAGUGGAAUCCAGGACGCGCGUUUCGUUCUGUUUGGGACUCGUCAGCUGGAUGUACGUGCAUCCCAGCGUUGAUGUUCACUACGGGAUUGAAAGCUAGUGCCGUUUCAAACUCCUUCGCUUUAUCCACGUAGCUAGUUAGUCCAGAUUGCCACUGACUUGUGCAAUGUGGUAAAUUUUAAUUAAUUUUGUAUCAGAUGUUUGAAUCUUGAACUCAAUCGUACAAGCUAGUGACUAUCUGGACUCACCAACUAAGUGUAUAAUGCGGUGGUGUUUGAAGCGAACGACACUGGAUUCCAGUCCUGUAGUGAACAUCAGGUUUAGGAUCUAUUUACUGUCACCUGAUGAGUUCCUUAAGAUAACAAAAUGCGUAUCUUGUUUUGUACUGCUAGAGACCUUGCAUCUUUGCUUUUAGUGUUCGUGAUUCAACGGUCAAAUCGACCACUAACUUAUGAAUGUUGAUACCUUCAACAAAAAUUAAUAGAUGAAAAGAAGUUUUUACAAAUCAAUUCUAGAAUUUGCCAUAAAUCAUGAUUUAGUCAUGGUUAUCGAUAAUAGAAAGGUAUUUUAUCCAAUAAAAUAUCUCCCAUUCUCACGGACCAGCAUUUUAUGUAAUUAAUUUGUGAUUUCAUAUAUAUGACUUCUGUUAUAGUUACUAUUAUGAUCCGUCCUUAACCAUUCUACGGAUACUACCUAUUCCAAGGCCACAUGAGCUUGAAGGGUUGGGUCAGCAGCACCAUCUCGCAAAAACAAUCUUACUAAACAAGCACUUACCAGGAAAAACAAUUUAUAGCAUUAAAAAUCUGCUCUAGGAUUUGAAGUAUUUUCAUUUAGAAGAGUUAUGAAGGCAAUUGGUGAAAGGUGAGAUUUUCGAAAUUCACGGGGCUUAUGUCCCGGAAAUGAGGGGAUACAACUUAGCUGUUCUCGGAAUCAGCGAAACCCAUUGGAGUUAAACUGGACAUAAAAGGUUAGAUUCGUGAGAGUCACGAAGGAGAAAAUGCUUUACACAUUCAGUUGCUCUGAUGCUGUCCAUAGAAUCACGUGAAGCACUUAUAAGAAGGGAAUCUGAUGCAUCCAGGAUUAUCAAAGCAUCUUUCAAAACAAGGAAGGAUGGAAUCACAAUGAAUCUUAUCCAGUGUUAUACACCCACCAAUGAUAGCAAUGACGAUAAUAAAGAUCAGUUCUACGAGAGGCUGCAAUCGAUCAUAGCGAAGUGCUCAGGAAACGAUCUGACUAUCCUGAUGGGAGAUCUAAACGCCAAAGUCGGAAUGGACAACACCGGAUAUGAAGAUAUCAUGCGACAACAUGGACUAGGGCUCCAAAUUCCCUGGUCUAGUCGAGGGUGGGGAGAGUCAACCCUCCCUUCUACUCACUGCCUUCUUACACCAGGCUUGCUGAUAAUGAGAAUGGGAGGGCGGAGCUCGAAUGUCGGGCACUUUAACCGGAUUGGUGGAUUUGGAGGAUCCAUCUAUGGAGACCUUCACAUUUCAGAGGAAGCUAAAUAUAUUUUAUUGUUAUUUACUUUUCUUGAUGUAUUUUUGUUGGAAUUCUAAGUCAUUUCAUAAUUUUGAUUUAUUGCAUUUUUUAGGUAUUGAUUUAUGGCGUCUGAGUUAGAAGCAUAUGUUGGUCGAAUGGUAAAUGUUGUAACAUCAGAUGGAAGAACUAUCGUGGGUACAUUAAAAGGAUUUGAUAAUGUCGUCAAUCUUGUUAUCAAAGAUAGCCAUGAAAGAGUUUUCAGUCCAACUGAAGGUGUUGAGCAAGUUCCAUUGGGUUUAUUUAUUAUUCGAGGACAGAAUGUGGCUGUAGUCGGAGAACUUGAUGAAGAUUUAGACAGGCGAAUUGAUUUUUCACAACUGCGUGCUGAACCUCUUAAUCCUGUUGUACAUUAAUUGUCUAUAUAUAAAAAAUAGAUUGCUUUUAUUUGU